AUGAAGGCAAAUAUCACCAGACUACCCGUUGAACUGAAACGGCAGAUUGCGGGCCAUCUGAACAUGAAAGACAUCGCACAUCUAGCCUGUAGCUGCAAAUCCUUCCUCUCGAUUGAGCUAUGUCUUUAUGAGACCGUCAACUUGGACGCCUCCAAGAAGGCAUAUUUCCAUGUGUUAAAAUUGUCGGCAAUGAUCAAUAAAGAUUCAACCCUGGCUGGACAUAUCAAAACGCUCGAGAUCGGUGAUCUGAGAAAAGAUGAUACCAGACAGGUGGAUGAAUUGGAUGAAUUGGUGAAAGCGGCGGGAUGGGAGAUCAGGCCAUCAGCGGAUGAAAGUGUCGCACGCUUGCUAUCUCAAUUGAGCAGCCUUAAGUCAUUUUGCCUUAACCGCCUUCAUGGUGUGGUGCAUCUAACCACCUUUAACUUUGCCACACUGCCAACCCUGACCAGACUCAAAGUGCCGGCGGAAUCCCUAGUAUCGCGUCCAUCACCCCUAAUCGAUCAUCUGCCCCCCACAUUGGAAUGUCUUUACGUGAAAGAGGCGAAUGAUGAAGUGUACGAAGACACCUUGCCUCAAUUGCUGAUAGACUAUAUCAACGCAGCUUCAGCAAAGUUAAAGCUGGUCUCCAUCCAAUCAUACGCCGAAUAUUGGAAAGACAGUGCCGCCUCGUUGGACAACACAUGUAAAAAUUGUGAAGUGAAACUAGAACUUCAAUACCGAAUAGGAAUGCGUGAAGCCUGGGGUUUCGGUUAUAUGGCGAUUCUGAGAACUCAUGGAAUAGAGGGUCGUUGGCAAUGCAUGCCGCUCAAUCGUUGA